UAAGAUUAAGACUGAGCUACUGACCGCCCUAUACACCGCCUGUAGAUAAAAAAUUGAUAUAAUCCGUGAACUAAUUCUCAGUGCCGACAAUCAUCAUUCAGAAGAUGGACGCAACCGAUUUAUUGCCGCUGCUUGAGCAGCUGGACGAUCAUGUCGAUGAUCUGGAAGAAGCUCUGGGGCCUGUCCUGAAUAGUGCCAUUACUGACACGUCAAAAAAACUUCCUGUAUUGGACAAGGCAAAGUUUCACGUUCUGAUUACUUACGCCUUGGAAUCUCUGAUAUUCUCUUAUUUACGUCUCCAUGGCGUCAAUGCUAAAGAGCAUCCUGUGUUCCGAGAACUAACCAGAGUGAAGCAAUACUUUGAGAAAAUUAAGGCGCUGGAAGCAGAGCCAGAGCAGCGGACAUUGACACUUGACAAGCAGGCUGCAAGUCGCUUCAUCAAGCAUGGUCUUGCCGGGAAUGACAAAUUCGAUAUGGAGCGCAAAGAACAACAAGCGAAGGAGAAGGCGCGUGCCCAGUUGAAGGCUUCCUUAUUAGCCAAGAAGGCAGCAGCAGCAGCACCUGAGACCUCGUCGAAGAAGUCUGGGACCGAUUCUGAAUCUGGUUCAGACAGUGAGUCCGAUAGUGAAAAAGCGAAGGCAACAACACAUUCCGGAGAUUCGGCGAAGAAGAGCAAAGAGACGAAAGUAGACAACACCGUUAAACGUACAUCUGCCAAGAACAAGAAAAAGCGCAGUAAGGACAAUCUCAAAGACGAGAAGAAGGACCGGAGAAAGAAGAAGCAAGAAUCCCGGAAAGCAAGGAAGGCACAAUGAACAACUUCGAACGCUGCACCAUAUCGUCUGACAGGGCCGAAGAGGAACAUGUUGUGUCUUAGGUGUGAUCGGCUGGUUCCGAUCUUUGAGUUUGCAUUGGAGUCUCGAUGAGCCUUCACUUUCGCAAAAUGCGUGCAUCCCAGCACUGCUGUGCUUCUCUCCAGGUAUAUGUUGAAGGCGCUUCUAUUGUAUCUAACGAUGGCUGCCUCAUCCCUUUAUAGCACUUGGGGCACUCUGUUGCGAUAUACGUAUCUACAUGUACGAACUAUGUGGAUGCCCCAGACACCGCGCACACGAGCCACAGGAUGAACCCUGGCCCGUGUAGCGAAUGAUCUAAAAAUGGUCUAUUGAUAAUCUGCCUGGACUGGCUUUUUUCAUGGGAUCAAUCUCCAGAGAAACUACUUAGUUGACUAAAUAGAUUAAGUGGCAAGUCGCAUUUCUGAAUCUAUUGAGCUAUCUUUUCAAUGCCGUAAGCUUAAAUCAUAGGAGCGACUCAGCCUCCAAUUUGUGGGUCAGAUAGAGAGAUAUAAACAUGAGUCAUAA